AAAACUCACAAAGAUCAAUUCAAGAAAACCUUCUCUGCUCUCUAUCUCUUUUUCAUCCCAUAUGUUGCUUUCUUGAGUUUAUCUUAAAGAAAGGGAAGCAACAUCUGAGGAUUCAUUGAUUACCAGACAUAAACUUACAUUUUAAACAAACAAAAACAAAACAUAUAGUUGUGUUUGUGUCUUAAUGAUGAAAUAGCAGAUUGAGAGUAAGAAAAAGGUUUUAACCGCAAUGGAGAUAGAGAGGAUUAGGCAGUUGAUGUCCCUUUGGUCUAAUUUGAAGAGUAGCCGCGUUUCUCUUACCGGUGGGAAUCACACAGCCGCAAGGUUCUGCAACCGCUAGUCUCGCCUUUUCUCUUAACCCUCUCUCUUCUCUCUCUAUUCUUCUUUUUCUUUUAAUCUCUUUUCUUCUAUUCUUAUAAUUCAUUUUAGCUUUUUUCUCUUCUCUUCUCUUUUUUCCUAUUAGCUAUCAACUUCACUUUUUGGGCACGCUCCCUUUGUCUCAUCUUUUUUAAGACAUAGCAAAAACAAAGAUGGUGUUUGUUAAUGUCCAAAACUUUCUCUCUAUGUGCCAAAAGAAAGACCGUUCGAGCUACUCUUUUGGCUCUUCGGAUUCUUCUCCCAAGGCUUCUCGUUCUGAAGUCUUGAGUCUCUUUAUGAGAUUAACUCUUUUGGCUUUGUUGUUUCUGUCAUUUACUUGGAUGAAUCUGCUGAAGCAUGAAACUGAUGCAACCGUUGCAUCUAAUUUGGUCGAACGUGACCAUCAUAAGCUAUUGCCUUUGCUUCUUAAUGACUUAGAGAAGGAAGGUCUCUUUAAACAUGGAGAUAAGGCACUCCUCCUUAGCGGAGGAGACGAUGAGGUCACUGUUGCUUCAUACACUCAGAAAAUUACAGAAACCGAGGUGGUUUUUGUAUCUGCAAGCGAUGAGGAGACGCAGCGCAUGGUCCCAAGCGAGACAUUUGAUUUCGCCUUUGCACAUUCUCGUCACAUUGGCUCUGUUGAAUUUCUAGACCGGGCUCUCAAAGUUGGAGGUAUCCUCACCAUCCAACUCAACCAACAUGAUAUUCCUCCACAUUUCUUAAACCAUUUAAACUACGAGAUAGUCUAUUUGAGGAGCAAUGACUACACGGUAAUGGCCAUGAGGAAAACAGAGCAGAAACAGAACAUAGGCACCACCGGGAGGAAGCUCCUCGGUAUCACGGAAGCAGAGGCCAAGAAAAAAGCUUUGAGUAAGCUAGAAGAUGUUCUUCUUGAACCACCAAGAGCAGCUUCAAGAAAAUCAAGAACCUACUUGAAACGUACAAGGUAUCUCCCGGACCUCAUGGGAGAUAGUUUAGACCUCGAGAGCUACUCGAGGCGGGUGUUUAUCGAUGUGGGAGAUGGAAAAGGAAGCAGUGGAACAGAAUGGUUUGUUAAGAAUUACCCAACGAGGAAGCUGAGGUUUGAGAUGUACAAGAUUGAGACAGUAAACGAUGAGAUGAGCAUGGAAUCUGAAAACAUGGGGAUAACGGAGUGGGUAAAAGAGAACGUGAAGGAGGAGGAAUACGUUGUAAUGAAGGCAGAGGCAGAAGUGGUGGAGGAGAUGAUGAGGACCAAGUCGAUAAAAAUGGUGGAUGAGCUUUUCUUGGAGUGCAAGCCAAAGGGUGUAGGGAUGAAGGGAAGGAAGAUGCAGAGUAAGAGUGGUAGGGCUUAUUGGGAGUGUUUGGCUCUUUAUGGCAAACUUAGAGAUGAAGGUGUUGCUGUGCAUCAAUGGUGGGGUUGAAGUUAAAGGAUAGGGAGACUGACUUGAGAUAAUGUUCAUAAACCAGUCUCUUUUAUUCUGUUAUAUAUUUAUGUUUUUGUUCUUCCGUUG